GAGGUCAAGGAACAAGAUCGAUGGCUUCCAAUAGCAAAUGUGGCUCGUAUCAUGAAGACAGCACUCCCAGAGAAUGCCAAAAUUGCGAAGGAGGCAAAGGAGUGCAUGCAAGAAUGCGUGAGCGAGUUCAUCUCCUUCAUCACAAGCGAAGCUUCGGAGAAAUGCCAUCAGGAGAAGAGAAAGACAGUCAAUGGCGAGGACAUUCUGUUUGCAAUGACCUCAUUGGGCUUUGAGAACUACGCCGAGGCACUGAAGAUCUACCUGUCCAAAUACCGAGAGGUGAGC